AUGAGACGAACUACAGCCGCCGCAACUCUGUUCCCGUUGUUCGUUGCCGUCGUGGUGGCACGAAAUUCGUCUCCGGUUUGGGAUAUCACGACCAGUUGUGCGAUCCCCAACGAAGCUAGCCGCGGUACCUGUGUAAGUCCAGAGCACUGUUCCGCCUAUCAACGUAUCAACGAUGUUGGCAGUCUCAGCUCCAUUGGCAGAUUGAGCUUUCUGCGUCGGUUGCAAUGCACCGGAAUGGACGAAGGCAACAUUUGUUGUCCACGAAGUGGGAACGAUUACAGACAACCCUCAAUGAACGAAAGCCUUCCGAAAAGGGAGCGGGAGAAACCAAUAACCGUGGGUAGUCGGAUGGGUGGUGGAAGUAACGAUGACGCGCCUUGUGGGCACCAGAGUUUCGGCCAGAAGCUGCUGGGCGGUCAGAUUACCGACAUCGAUGAGUUUCCGUGGAUGGCAAUGCUGUUGUAUGAUUCGAUGGGGGAAGGCACAAGUGCGCUAUCCCCGGGCUGCGGAGGGGCGCUAAUCAGUAAAUCGUUUGUGGUUACAGCGGCACACUGUCUGGUCGGAAAAGUGAUUCAGAAAAAGGGUCCACUAAAGUUUGUCCGUUUAGGAGAGUACGAUUUAAAUAGGGAUCCGGAUUGUUUGUUGGAUGACAAAUUUGAGGACUGCACCGAUGGAAAAGUAGACAUAAAACCUAAACGUACUCUGCCGCAUUCACAGUACGCAGCCAACAGUCCAAGCCAGCAUCAUGACAUCGGUCUUAUUCAGCUUGAGAGGCCGGUAGCGUUUACAGCCUUUAUACAGCACAUCUGUCUGCCAGAGCCAACAGCAACUACAGGAAUGGCUGUCGGUGCAAAAUUGAAUGUUUGUGGUUGGGGACGGACCGACUUUUUCCGUAGCGACCUGGGAGGACACGCCGUCAGUCCGGUGAAGUUAAAGGUUGUACUGCCGGUCGUCGACCACCAGAGCUGCCGGGAGAUUUAUCGACCGCAUAAGUUGGAACUCGGCAGCGGUCAAAUGUGUGCCGGUGGGCACAAGGCUAAGGAUUCCUGUGCUGGAGACAGUGGAUCACCGCUAAUGUUUUUCGAUAGCAAGAAAGGAACGUGGAUUUUGACCGGACUGGUUAGUUUGGGAGUGCAAAAGUGCGGCACUGAGGGUAGACCUGGAAUCUACACCAAUGUAAGGGAGUAUUUGGGAUGGAUUCAGAAAAAUUCUGUUUAGUACAAAACAAGUUUAAUAAAAUGAUGCAAUUAGGUUGGAAAAACUAAUCUAGUUUGUGUGUCUUUUGAUCCAUGGGAGAUAUUCCCUAACGUUGGUGUAGAUCCCGGGUCGGUCGGCUGUGCCACACUCCAUGGCUCCACGGCUUACGAUUCCCGCCAGA